CCUCCUCCAAGGACCAACAAAGGAGACAGGAGGGGUGAGACCAGAGCAUGAUAAUGUAGCCAGGACGAAGGUGUGCGUAAAAUAACAGGUACGGCUGCAUUCCGCUGCCUUAGAAGAGCGUAUCUACAGUCUGUUCCAGUGAGUGUGAUCUCAUCUGCCGGCUGCCUUGCUGUACCACUACAGAAACCUACAGAAAUCCGGGAACAAACUAGUGACGAGUAUUUUCAAAACCCCCGGCCUAUGCCUGACGAUCAAUUUGAUUGUUCCAUUUACCUCUCGAUUUGCAUAAACAACCAAUGUCAAGAGAAGACAAGGAAGCGCAGGAGGAUGAACUGCUAGCACUCGCUAGUAUCUACUCUGAAGAUGAAUUCAAGAGAUCAGAGACUGCGUCAGGAGGGGAAAUAUGUGUUUGUUUAGAUCUUCCUCCAAACUUUAGUGUGACAAUAAAAGGUGACUGUGCAUCUAAUGAAUACAUGGGAAGCUUUGAGGGAAUCGUCUCUUUCCUACCCCCUGUCAUACUGAACUUUAAGCUGCCUCCAGGAUACCCAUCCACUGAACCUCCAGCCUUCACACUUAGCUGCAAGUGGCUUUCUCCAAGUCAGCUUGCCUCGCUGUGUCAGCGCUUGGAUAACCUAUGGGAGGAAUACGCAGGAGGUGUAGUUUUGUUUGCUUGGAUGCAGUUUCUCAAGGAGGAGACUCUGGAUUAUUUAAAGAUUAAUUCACCGUAUGAAAUACCAGUUUGUGAGUUUGGAUCUCACAGUACAAAUAAUAACAACUGUGAGACAUCUGAUACUUGUUGUGCCACAGGCUCAGCACAAGCAGAGAUUUGGGACAAACGAGCUAUCCAGGACGUGGAAUCUGUCUCUGCCCUUAUUGAGUGUAUCUUGGACUUUAAUGAAGCUCAGCUGAAGAAGUGCUUUGAUAGUAAAUCCUAUAUGUGCAACAUUUGCUUCUCUGAAAAGCUGGGCAGCGAGUGCACUCACUUUAAGGACUGUCAGCAUAUCUAUUGCAAUGUCUGCCUUAAAGAUUAUUAUACAGUUCAAAUACGCGAUGGGCAGGUCCAGGCUCUUAACUGUCCCGAGCCAAAGUGUUCUUCUGUUGCUACACCUGCACAGGUGAAGCUGCUGGUUGGGGAGAAAUUGUUCAGCCGUUAUGACCGUCUUCUACUCCAGUCCAGUCUGGAUCUGAUGGCAGAUGUGUUGUACUGUCCACGUCCCAGCUGCCAAACUCCAGUAGUGCUGGAGCCUGGGGGCACAAUGGGUAUUUGCUCCAACUGCAAUUAUGCUUUCUGUACUCUCUGCAAAAUGGCCUACCAUGCAGUCGCAUAUUGUAAUAUAACACCAGAAAUGCGUGACGAAUACCUGGAGGCAGAUGAGGCUGGUAAGAAGUUGCUGGAGAAGCGCUAUGGCAAGAAUGUGAUAAUAAAAGCAAUAGAGAUGAAAUCGUCUAAAUGGCUGAACACAAACACCAAGCAGUGCCCAAGCUGUAGAGCCAAUGUCCAGAAAGUGGACGGCUGCAACCAGAUGUGUUGUGCAAGAUGUAAGCAAAACUUCUGUUGGCGGUGCUUCUCUGUACUGUCCAAAGAAGACCCGUACCAACAUUUCCAUAAUCGUUCAUCACCCUGCUACAAUAAAUUGUAAUAUGGCACCAAAGUGGACAGGGAACCAUGGAAUACAGAUGAUGAAGACUGGCCUGCGGUACACAGAAAGGCUUGGAAGCUUGCUUUAAAGAGGGUUAUAUUUUCCCUUUGGCUAGUGACACAUUAGGCACUUUCUCCACCUGCUGUAGAAGUCAGAUCCAGUGUCCCUGUUGUGUGUGUAUUGAAAGGCAUGACACUGGGCUGUCAGUAUGUAAUUGAGAGGAUUUCAGCUUCAAAACUUUUGCAUUACCCCAUUGAAAUUCAGUGCACACAUAUAACAGCAGAGUACAGUAGAUCUGUAAGUAGCAAGUCUGACACUAGCUGCUUUUAAGGGUCAGGUCACACGCUCAGAUUUGGGGAGAUUAGUCGCCCGGCGACAAAUCUCCUCUUUUUAGGGGCGAAUAAACUCCCUGAACUGCCUCCCGCUGGCUAG